AUCCAAACAAAUCCAAACAAUGGCGCUAGCUUAUUUGACACCGGUUACAAACUUGUAACAGUUUUACCUGGAACAUACAACAUUUAAAAGUGUGGAAUGCACAAAAACUAUUUAUAAGCACUACGGAGUUUCGAACAACAUUCCGAACAACGCUGUCAAGUUUUCUUUCUGCACAAACCUCUUGUUUAAAGUUGGAAGGUUGGAAGACCCAGCGGGAGGUAUCGCUAUGGCUGACGCAAAAGUGGAAAGCAAGCGGACAGAAUGCCAUAAACGAAAUGGACACGGAAAAACCGACAGUAUCUUGCCGGUGCCUCUGGACAGAAAGAUGUAUGGGCACUUGCGUAAAAGUAGCGAUACUACGGAGUUCAAAGAAAUGUCAAAGGUGGACGCCCAGGUCAACCUCGGGCAGGAACUGGACAAGCUACUCCGUACGGCAAAAACGUCGGAGAAGGAGCUGGUAGAGCACGAAUUCCGAGGGUUCCGUAGGCUGUUUGAAAAAUUUGUCAGGGACACCGGGCCGUCCGUGCAAUGGGACGCCAUCGAACCACCUCCGUCGGAUACGGUGAUCCCGUACGAUAUGCUCAAAUCUCCGGCCCCGGAGGCCAUCAAGGACAUGAUGAACAAGCUGGUGGUUGUCAAGCUCAACGGCGGCCUCGGGACAAGCAUGGGGUGCAAGGGUCCAAAGUCCAUCAUCCCCGUACGGAACGAGCUCACAUUCCUCGACAUGACAGUCCAACAGAUAGAGCACUUAAAUCGUACGUACGGAUGCAACAUGCCGCUGGUGCUGAUGAACUCGUUCAACACCGACGAAGACACCUCCAAGGUGCUGCGCAAGUAUAAAGGGUUUAAGGUGAAGAUCUACACCUUCAUGCAAAGCAGGUACCCCAGAAUCAACAAGGAAACUCUACUUCCUGUUGCCUCAUCCUUGUCGUCUGCAGACGUUGAGGCGUUUUACCCCCCUGGACACGGUGACUUUUACACUUCCUUCUGCCAAUCUGGUCUCCUCGAACACUUCAUCAGGGAAGGUCGCGAAUACUGUUUCAUUUCCAAUAUCGACAACCUGGGCGCCACGGUUGACCUCAACAUUAUGAGUAUGCUGGUCUCACCAAAUACAACUUCUUUACCGGACUUUGUAAUGGAGGUCACGGACAAGACCAGGGCAGAUGUCAAGGGUGGCACACUCAUUCAGUACCAGGGACGGUUGCGACUCCUAGAGUUAGCCCAGGUGCCCAAGGAGAAUGUGGACGAAUUUAAGAGCGUGAAAAAAUUCAAGAUCUUCAACACUAACAACCUGUGGAUGAGGCUGAAUAGUAUAUCCGAACUCGUCAGCAGCGGAGCUAUCGACAUGGAAGUAAUUGUUAAUAAUAAGACAUUAGAUUCGGGCGUCAACGUAAUCCAGUUGGAAACUGCCGCUGGUGCAGCCAUGAAGGAUUUCAACUAUGCCAUAGGGAUCAAUGUCCCGCGGAGUCGUUUCCUGCCCGUGAAGAAGACGUCCGACCUCUUGCUGGUCAUGAGCAACUUGUACAGCAUGAAGAGUGGCAGCUUAGUCAUGAGUCCCCUGCGUGCUUUUCCCAGUGUUCCCCUGGUCAAGCUCGGAGACCACACGUUUGGAAAGGUGCGGGACUUUUUGAGCCGAUUCGCCAGCAUUCCGGACAUCCUGGAGCUGGACCACCUCACCGUGUCCGGAGACGUCACCUUCGGGAAAGGCGUGGUGCUGCGGGGCACGGUGAUAAUCAUAGCAAACCACGGGGAGCGGAUAGACAUCCCCAGCUGCGCGCUCUUGGAGAACAAGAUCGUGUCCGGAAACCUUCGGAUCCUGGAUCACUGAGGACGGUGCUGUCAACUUAACGAGAGUACCUCGGCCUCUCAAGUUUGCUCAUUACGGUGGUGUAAUCAGAAAGUAUACCGGUACGAUAACCGGAACAAUGACAAAGCAUGGUCACGAUUGCACACGCAGAUACAACGUUUUAAGGGACAGUGGCAAUCCUCUGCUGUGCCGCAAUGAUUGAAUUAAUUACCAAGAUAGUGUGGGACUUCCGGUGAUCUGAUAAAAUGAGUCGAUGUUUGGAUUGGUACACCAUACUCUCGUGCUCGGAGCACUGAUAGGGAAAUUGUUGACGAAGUGCCAUGUCACUAGUCUAACGGUCCUGUGCCAUUUAAUGACUUUUAGAAGAUGCUUUUUAGUUACUGUUAAAUGUAACCUUUGCAUGGUUCUACACAAAUAUUUACACAAUGGCAGCACUUUGCUGCGUGUUCUGUGGUCGUUUGUUACCUAGAAACGAAAUAAAAGCUUGUCUGUUGGCUA